AUGAACUUUUCUAGAACUGAAAGACGUAAAUCAAUGGCUGAACGUAGACCAAGUACUGUCUAUACUCCACCAGUGAUUCCUCAUUUAGCAGGAUUAGAAAAACCUCAAGAUCAAUAUUUAAAAAUGGACAAUUGUGAUGUAUUAAUUAUUGGUACUGGAUUACAAGAAAGUAUUUUGGCAGCAGCAUUAUCUUGGCAAGGAACUCAAGUAUUACAUAUUGAUAAUAAUACUUAUUAUGGAGAUUCUUGUUCUACUUUAACUAUUGAACAAUUGAAAAAAUGGUGUGGUGAUGUUAAUUCAGGUAAAAUUCAUCAUUUUCAAGAUGCACAAAUUUAUAUACCUGGAGGUAAACAAAGUAAUCAAUAUACUUCAAAAGAUUAUGGAAUUGAUUUAACUCCAAAAAUUAUGUUUUGUCAAAGUGAUUUAUUAUCUUUAUUAAUUAAAUCUCGAGUUUAUCGAUAUUUAGAAUUUCAAAGUUUAUCAAAUUUUCAUGUUUUUGAAAAUGAUGAUUUCCAACAAAAAGUUAAUGUUACUAGUAAACAAGAUAUUUUUAUUGAUAAAUCAUUAUCAUUAUUAACUAAAAGAUAUUUAAUGAAAUUUUUGAAAUUUUUAUUAUUAGAUUCUGAAUUGGAUUAUAAACAACGAAUUAAACCUUAUUGUCGUGGUGGUAAUGGUGGUGGUGAUAAUGAUAAUGAUACUAAUGAUUGUUCUAUACAAGAUUUUUUACGUCAAGAAUUUAAAUUACAAGAUCCUCAAAUUAAUGAAUUGGUUUAUUCUAUUGGAUUAAGUUAUAAAGAACAAACUUCUACUAAACAAGCAUUAAUUAGAAUGAAAAGAUUUUUAAGUUCAUUUGAUAUUUAUGGGAAAUUUCCUUGUAUGAUAUCUAAAUUUGGUGGUCCUGGAGAAUUACUGCAAGGAUUUUGUCGAAGUGCAGCAGUUGCUGGUACAACUUAUAAAUUAAAUACUAAUUUAAUUGAUUUUGAUCCAAUUUCUAAAAUUGCUCAUUUUGAUGAUGGUUGUCAUAUUAAAAUUAAUGAAAAAAUUAUAAUUUCUCCAACUCAAUUACCAAAAUUUUUACAAUCUUCUUAUAAUAAAGUCAUUGAAAAUUUACAACCUUAUUAUAUCACAAGAUUAGUUACAGUUGUUCGUCGAGAUUGUAAAGAAUGGAUGUCAGGUAAUGAAUCACUGGCUAUAGUUGUUUUCCCUCCUCAUUCAUUACCAACUGAUAAUCAAUAUUCAGUACAAGUAAUUAUACAAAAUGGUAAAUCUGGAGUUUGUCCUGAUGGUCAAGCCAUUUGGUUUAGUAGUACAGUUGAACAAGAUUUAAAUCGAGCUAAAAUUGAUUUAGAAUCAGCUUUUGAAAAAAUGGAAACUUCAUUAUUAAGAGAAAGUUCAGAAGAAAUUGUUUCUGAUAUAUUAGAUGAUAAUGAUUUUAUUAUGAAUAAUCAAACUGGUACACCAAUUUUAGUUAAUUCAUUUAAAUUAGGUUCUUCAUUAAUUAAUUUUGUUCCUAAAGAAAAAUUAGAAAUUGUUUGUAAAUUAGGUUAUAUUGAAAAAACUUUUAUUAAUCCUGAUUUAUCAAAUAUUUUUAAACCAACUUGUGAAAAUAAUAUUAUUUAUAAAGAUGUUAAAGAUGCUAAUAAUGAAAUUAUAUUCACUAAUAUGCCAAGUUCAGAAUUAAGUUAUGAUGGUAUUAUAACUGAUGUUAAAUCUAUUUAUCAAAGAAUUACCGGUACUAUUGAUGAUUUUUUCGAUGUUGAUUUUGAAGAUGAAGAAGAUGAAUAUGAUAGAAAUAAUCAACCUAUGGUUCAACCAAAAAAAAAUUCAGUUGUUGGUGGGAUUGUUGGAGGAGGAGGUGGUGGUGGUUCCUCUAUUACUAAUCUUACAGCACUUCGAGAACAACAUAAUGAAAUUAAUCAUAAUGAUAAUGCAAUUGAUAGUGAUAGCGAUGAUGAUGAUGAUGAAGAAAUGCAUGAUAUGCAUGAUAAUGAAGAAGAUCAUGGAAGAGGUCCAGAACCAUUUGGUGCUGAUGAAAUGGAACUUUAA